UCUUGGCCGGAGCAUCUGGCGAGGGGAGGAAGCCGCGGUCUGUUUACUUCGCAACAUUGCACAACGUCCCAGAGCCAUGUCAGCUAAGGGUGGAGGGGAGGCGUUUUCAUGAGCUGCUUGGGAAGCGGCGACGGCUCCUCCGAGUUCCGCUUUGAGGCCGCCCCGAGGGCAGGUGGGUGUUGCUGUGCUGACAGAUCAAGUCGCCGAAGUGCUCCUGCUAGCUUUCUACCGCGGAAGAAAAAAAAAAAAGAAAAAGAAAAAGCCAGCUUAAGUUUCUCGGAGAGGCGAGAAAGCAACCGGCUGCCGCUGAUGAAGAAGCGCCCGCCUUCAUCCCGACGGGUUUAGGAUCCCUUGCUUGAGCAGGGGGCUGGACUAGAAGACCUCCAAGGCCCCUUCCAGUUCGGAUUCUGAUUCUAGGCGGAGAGGUCGGAGCUUAGAAGAACGGGGCGGGGACGGGAGGGCGGCUGCCUGGCCCACCAAGAAGGACUUCGCCUCCGCCACCUGAAGCGGUCGGUGGGAGGGAAAAGCGCGUGGGUGGGUGCGGGGCCCGGAGGCACGUGCGCGGGGGAGAAAGCGAGAGCUCCGCGGCUUCGACCGCCCUCUGGGAGGAAGCCCCCCCCCCCACGGCCGAAAAGAGCCGUUUCUCUUCUUCCUCUUCUGGAAGGGACGCCUCGGGGCGGUUUCGUCCUGCCCCCCCCUCUUCCUCCCCCUCCUCCUCCCCCGGCAUCCGAGUUAAAAGUUUUGUGACUUCAGGCGCUUUUAUGACUUCAGCCACUUGGAGGAUCUUAGCAACCCCUAUGAGCUGGCGCGGCCUCUCCGCCGUCAGGCCUGGUGGCGGGGAAAGGCAGCCGUUAAUCCCGCGGGGUGGGCGCUGGAGUGGCAGGAUGUUCUGCUUGGCGCAAGGCGCGGCCUUCAUCCCCACGCUCCUGGUCUCCUGGUCGUCGGCCGCCUUCAUCCUCUCCUAUGCCAUCGCCGUGCUCAGCGGCCAUGUGGAGCCGCUGUUCCCGUACAUCAGUGAUACAGGAGCAAAACCUCCAGAAAGUGGUAUCUUUGGAUUUAUGAUUAAUGUUUCCGCAUUCUUAGGUGCAGUUACAAUGUAUACAAAAUAUUUAAUUGUAAAGAAACAAAAUGAUGUGACACAUUUUGUUUCCCCUUGUUUCAAUUUAUUGACAUUGUACGUUGGAAUUCUGGGCUGUGUUGGAUUGGGCAUUGUUGCCAGUUUUCAGGAGUUAGCAGUUCCUGCUGUCCAUGAUGGGGGAGCUCUUUUGGCUUUUGUCUCUGGUGCUCUCUACAUUUUUCUUCAGACAGUUAUCUCUUACAAAUCAUGUCCGCAAUGGAGCACCCCGUGUGUAUGUCACACAAGAUUAUUCCUCUCCAUAAUGACUUGGGUAGCUGUCAUUCCCAUGAUUGCAUGUGCUUCAUUAAUAUCCAUUACAAAAAUAGAUUGGAAUCCAGGUGAAAAGGAUUAUGUGUACCAUUUUGUAAGUGCAAUCUGCGAAUGGACAGUAGCCUUCAGCUUCGUGUUCUUCUUCUUAACGUAUAUCAGAGACUUUCAGGGAGUUACCAUACAGAUAUCAACAGAAAUUCAUGGAAACCUCUGACCACUUUUUGUUACAGUUAGCUGGAUUUGGGGGGGGGGAUGUUAUAAACCGUUGCAAUGGCCAAGAUUGACCUGGCAUGAACCUGAUGCAUCACUGCUGCAAACUGUAUAAUCAUUGUCAAGAAAAAAACGUCUUUUUAAUUUUAGGCUAUUAACUUUCCUGUAUAACCAAUCUACUAAUAAUCUUUUGUAUUAUAAAUACAUUUUCAGUUUUUUUUUAAAAAAAUAGAGGACCUCUGAAAUAUGUAAUCACUAAGGAAUAAAUGUUUAUCUACUGUAA